ACAUGCACACUGUGGUGAUAAGCAAAUGUCGCGAGCAUUGCAAUCAUGGUGGCAUCCUUUUAUGCCACACCUAAUUUCUGGGUACAUAAGGACAUGUGACAUUUGUCAGAUACACAAUGUCAAACCAACUAUGAAACCAUCUCAGGGAUCGUUCCCAUUGGCAAAUGGCCCUGGGAAUGAAGUUAUAAUUGAUUUCACUGACAUGAUUGAAAGGGUAAAUGGUAAACAAUACUUGCUUGUUAUGAUUGAUGCAUAUACAAGAUGGCCAGAGGCCUUCCUGGUGGGCAUGGAAGACAGCACUGCUGUCAUUAAAUGUCUGAUAAACCAUUACAUCCCACGUCAUGGUUUGCCAAGCCGGGUCAGAUCUGACAACGGCUCACACUUUAAAAAUGAACAUCUGGCUGAUGUGGAAAAGGCAUUGGGUUUAGUACACCAUUUCGGGGCAGUCUAUCACCCACAGUCACAAGGUAAGGUUGAGCGGUUGAAUCUAACAUUGAAAAACAAAUUGGCUAAAAUCUGUGCACAGACUAAAUUGACAUGGUUAACUGCUCUUCCACUGGCUCUGAUGUCAGUAAGGAGCUCUGUGAGUAGGGCAACAGGAUACACGCCCUUUGAACUGUUGACUGGUCGCCAAUUUCCUGGCCCACUGACCCCACUACAAUUGGAACCAGUACAACCGUUAUCACACAAAAUUUACUAUGACAAAUUGACUGCUCUAAUUGAAUCUUUUGACAAAAUGUUACCAACUGAUUUUAGGAGACACGAAUAUCCAGCACCCCUACCUGACCGAACUUGGGACUGGGUGAGAUUGAGAAUCUACAGGCGUAAAUGGAAAGAGCCUCGCUGGUCUGCUCCAAUUAAGUGCUGUCCGGCGGACCCACCGUCCAGAUCAUUGGACGACACCAGAGUGGACCUUGCUUCGCAGGUCCAAGAGAGGGAGGAUACCACAGAAAAUACAGGAGGUGCAGGAGGGAGUGAGGGUACCACAAAAGGAGGUGACACACAAACACAUACACACGAUAACAAUUUUCAUCCAUCACAAAGUAACCUACAAACUUUGCAGGUGGUCCAUAAAACUGGGGAUUUAUUCACAGCCCCUAAAGGAGAAGCCGUAGCCCAUUGUGUCAGUGCAGACUGUGCAUUUGGAGCGGGCAUAGCGAAAAAUUCAGAGAAAGAUAUGGUGUUGACAAGGUAAAGGCCCAGAGGAAAACGAAAGGUGACUGUGCUAUAACUCACGAGGUAGACAGAAUAGUUCUCCACCCGAUCACAAAAACAUUUGCCAGAGACCUACCCAUAUAUGAGGACUUUGAGAGCAGUCUAAUCUGCAUGAGAACGUGGUGUGACAAAUUACACAUCACCAGAUUGUCAAUACCCCGGCUGGGGUGUGGUUUGGACAAGUUGGAAUUCUAUAGAGUUCUCCACAUUAUUGAAAAGACAUUUAAAGGCCAGAAUAUAACCAUUUCAGUUUAUACGUUAGAAUAAGUUUACUGUG